CCCUUUCUUCCAACUAAAAAGUAUCAGAUACUUUUAUAUACCACUAAACUCUUUAUUUUUGCGAAAGCCAUCGUUAUAAUGGUAACGAGUCAUGUUACGUAUGCUUGUCAAUGCUUAAACAUAAAAGUACAUCUUGCCAACAAGUAUUAUCUUGAUGGUCAUCAGAAGUUCCGAAAAGAGAACUUUAUUCGACUCAAUGAUUUGCCUAUUUCAGGAAUAUGCCAGUCUAAUACGAUCGACACGAAAUAGCAGCAAGCAUGGCGACUGGAUCACAUUUAGCUGUCAAAAUUGUAAUACGGGUGAUGUAUAUUCCAUCAAACAAUCAACUGAAGAAGAUGAAGAUGAACAGGAAAUGAGAAAGAAGUUCGACACCAUUCAUUGCCAUCGUUACAAGGAUCAAGAAGGUCAAAUUUCAACAAAACAAAAGACUACAAGCCCAUUAAGCGAUCUGGAUCAACCUAUUGUUAUUAUUCACACAGGAACGGUUUUUGGAGCAGAAAUUGACAGGAUCAAAGAGAAAUCCAACUUCUCUCAUACUUUUCAUAUUGUCUUGAAACCGGAUUUACCAGGCAGUCAAAUCUCAUUAGAAGAGCACAAUGGUGCUGAGGAAGACAGUGAAUUGAGAGCCCAGCAUCGCCAAAUACAACAUCUCUUAAAAGAAUCCUUAGUUGAUAUGGAAAUGGCUACCAAAAACCGCGUUGAGGCAUAUAAAGCCGAACAGGAGAUGCUUCUACGAAGAGCAAAAGAAAAAGCCAUGUAUGACGGUGCAAUUCUAUGGCAAACUAUUAAAGAAGCCACGAGGACAGUACGCGAUAAAGAACGUACACGGUAUUUAAGCCUAUCUCAACAGCAAUUCUUGAGUCAAAAGCUAAAGAAUAAUAAUAGUAUGAGUGAUUCCGCCUUAAUGAAUGUAUUGAAAGAGAAUAUGAUUCAGCAAUUGCCCUCACCAUCAUCCUCAAGACGAAGUUCGUUGGCAGCAUUAGGACGCCGGACAAGCCUAUUCAAUAUUGAUAGAGCUACAUCAACUUACAGUAAUGGUGUAACCAGUGGAGGUCCCCAAAAUACAACAAUGAUCAGACGGUCUAGUUGUAUUUUAAACGAAAGCACCAUCACGAAUAGUUUGAGAAGAGGAGAUGGAACAUCAGAUAUUACGAAGAUCGUCUCUUGCGCCAAUUUCAACUAUUCCCACCACUCCUACAACAUCUAAUUCUACGGCCAACAAUCCUCGUGAUAUUACUACCACUACUACGCAACCCUCAACAUACAUUUUUAACAAUGAUUUCGUACACCCUUUAGCUCAACAACCGAUAACUGCAGCGGAAAGAUUGGAACCACAACCAGAAUUAACGGAGCAGGA